CUCCACUAAACACACUAGUGCAUUUUAAAAACCUCUCAUGUAGCCUUCCAAAAGGUCUGCUUUGCAUACCAGUCUUCUGGAUUUUCUAGAAUAGUCUAUACUUUUGAAUGUGAGGUCAGAGUUUUCAAUGUAAGAUGCAGCUCAUGAAGACAAUCACGACAACAGCGCAACGUUUUCACAGAGGCAGAAGUCGUCGGAAUUUUUGACGUUGCUGUGAAUAAAAUCGUGAAAAAUUUUACUGUUUGACUUGGAAACCUGACGGACAGGGAUGUGCCAGUUUUAAAUCUUCCAGAUAUACAUAUGGUAUGGCUUAAUGGCUAGCACGUUCGCCUCACACCGCCAGGGUUGGGGGUUCGAUUCCUGCCACAGCCCUGUGUGUGUGGAGUUUGCAUGUUCUCCCCGUCCUGUUGGUUUUACCUUCGGGUACUCCAGUUUCCAAAGACAUGCACGGUAGGCUGACUGGCAUGUCCAAAGUGUCCGUAGUGAUCCCUGCGAUGGAUUGGCAUCCUGUCCAGGGUGUACCCGCUUGUGCUUGACCCUCCCUGGGAUAGGCUCCAGGUUCCCCGCGACCUUGAAGGAUAAGUGGUAUAGAAGCUGGAUGGAUGAACUUCUCACUACACUCAUAAAUCACUGCAAGGAAUGUUCCUUUGGUUUUUUUAGUCACACAUAGGCUAUGUGCUAUGUAUGUUCCUGACAUACUAAACUAUUCAAAUGUUACACUCGUCCUAUAUUAUCAAUCUGGAAUGUACAAAACAAAAAAGUAGGGUCAAGGAUUGGGGUUGCAGAAAUCUCAUGAUGUCCAUUUGGGGUCGCUUGGGAAUCAUUGUAAUGGGAAUAAAAGUUUCUUUAUAGGUGUAAAAAAAAAAAAAAACUGACAAAUCUAUGUGUAAUUUUUUUCUAAAUAUCUCCACAAAAUCCCUAAUGAACAAUAAUCCACACGUAGUUUACUUAAUUUAAAUUCAGACUUUUUGUGCGCAAUAAUUCAGCAGGUUAGAAAGAGUGGAUCUGGCAACCCGUUUUAAAAGGACUGUGGUUUGUUUUUACGGAACUACUUUCGUGUUCCUCCGAGUACGGGGUAGUAGUUCUUAACCGACUAUUUUAGCGCUUAUUUAAAUAUUAUUUCACUAACUAAAUUAAUAAUGUUUCAUUUUAAAACGCAGAAGUCAGUGUUUAUAAUCAUUUAUUUUCCGCUAACUGAGGAAAUAAAAAGCAAUAAGGUCCAGUUUUCGACACCGAUUUGAUGUUCGGCCUUUUCUUUUUCCAUGGACGGCCGCCAUCUUGAAUUUUAAUGUUGAUUUUUUUUUUACUGUAGCUAAGUUAGACAUAUGUUUAAUCAGUAUUUUUUUUAGGAUUUUAAUUACUUUGAUUUGGGAUCAUAGUGAAAGAUUCAGGUCUGAUUCGCCAUGACAGCCAAUGACUAACACAGAGACUCGAUGCUACUAACGCGGGCGCUCUGCGGGUAUGAAGUGGAUGGGAGAACCCAAGAAGAACAUGGUAGUAAAUGGCAGACGUCAUGGCAGCAGGUUCACCGAAAGCCGCCCACAGCAUCUGCGUCACAGCAAGAACUCGCUCAGCAGCCGGAGAUGCAGCCGCCGUUUCAACGGUGGUCCGAUGGAGGCGGAAAGACGCCACGUCCCGUCGUCAGGAAUGACCGCCAAGGAACUGUGUGAGAACGAUGACCUGACCACGAGCCUCAUCCUUGAUCCUUACCUCGGCUUUCAAACCCAUAAGAUGAACACCAGAUUUCGGCCCGUUAAAGGAAGACAAGACGAGCUGAAGGACAUCAUAGAGAGUUUUAAAAAACACAACGACCUCGAGAAAGCUUUUGAAGCUUUAACAUGUGGAGAUUCCUCCAGGAAUCAUCUUCUGUCCAAGACUAAGGCUCAGGAGAAACUUUUCAAACAACACGUAUUUGUUUAUCUGCGCAUGUUUGCGAGCGACAGCGGGUUCGAGAUUUUGCCUUGCAACCGAUAUUCAUCUGAACAAAACGGAGCCAAAAUAGUUGCAACAAAGGAAUGGAAGAGGAAUGAUAAGAUCGAGCACCUGGUGGGUUGCAUUGCUGAGCUGUCAGCCAGCGAGGAGAACAUGUUAUUACGCCACGGGCAGAACGACUUCAGCGUCAUGUACUCCACUCGCAAAAACUGCGCUCAGCUCUGGCUCGGGCCCGCCGCUUUCAUCAACCACGAUUGUCGGCCGAAUUGCAAGUUUGUGUCAACGGGGCGCGACACGGCUUGCGUUAAAGUUCUCCGAGAUAUCGAACCGGGCGAAGAGAUCUCCUGUUACUACGGCGACGGCUUCUUCGGAGAAAACAAUGAAUUUUGCGAAUGCUACACGUGCGAAAGGCGUGGCACUGGUGCUUUCAAAUCAAAAAUGGGACUUCCCGUGGCAGUUCCUGUUAUCAAUAGCAAAUACGGCUUGAGGGAGACCGACCGGCGAAUCAAUAGGCUGAAGAAGCUGGAAGAAGCGAGCCAGAACUCCGACGUCCGUUCCGUCGGCUCUCACACCGACGCAGACACUCAGGAUUCACCAAAAACACACUCAUCGUCUAGGAAAAGAACGCCGGCUAGUGCGAGGGUAAGUAAAACCAGGAGCCAUGAUGGACGGUCUCUCUCAAGAGCUUACACAUCUACCUCACCUUCCAAACAAAGUCAAGCUAAUAACAGGGUACCAAAGAGACUGAAAUCAAAACCCUCCAGGCCUUCGCUCACGAGCGUACGGUUACGGAGCCAGAGCCGAGGGUCAGACGUGAAGACCUCCGCCAAGGAGCCGAAAGCCGCGCUCUGCAGAGACGUCCGUGUUAAAAAGGAGAAGGACUCGCUUAGAACUUUUAACUCUGCCAGUUCCAGAGGCUGCUUAACACAGCACAUCGCGAAGGAAAACUAUCAGCCGUCUUUAAAGUGUUCUGCGGAAUCGGAGAGCUGCACUUACAGGACUCGAAGGUCAGCGAGGACUUUGCAUAAGGCGCAGGAAGCCGACGGCGUCGACGGCGAACGAAGCACUUUUGAAAGCCAAAACCCGGUCAUUAAAACGGAGCCGGCUGACAUGGAGGAGUACCUCUCUCACAGCUUGACGCUGAAGGAGAAAACGCCGGAAGACUCGUACAUCGGGAGAGUUUCUAACUCGCAGCAUCUCCAGUUCCCUCAGCUCCAGCUGGACAGGAGGAUAAAAAGCGAGGACGAGCGCAGCGAGCCUUUCACGCCAAGGUUUAUGCAAAGUCCUAGCGUCAAGGACGUGCUCCUGGGGUUUCCCGAAAGGCCUCGGCGUUCCGGUUCUUCCAAGAAGGACAAGUCUAAAGGAAGCAGGCGGAGUUUGGGAAGAGGGAAGAAGAAACACAGAAUUCCACACUAUGACGCAGUGAUUCUGGAUAGCAGCACGGGGAUUCCCAAGCUGACCUUGCGCAGACGUAGGGACAGCGGCGAGACCAGACAGGCUCACACGGACUCCUCAAAGAUUGGCUUCAAGCUGGGCAAAGACCGCGAGCGCGACGAGGGAAGCUCUCACGGAGCCAGGUUCAGCAACAACGGCUUCAGUUCCGCGUCCAGAAAGAGUUCCGGAAAGCUGAAGAUCCAGAUGAAACGCGAGGACAGCGAGCGUCUGGUCGCGCAGACGUGUCUCAACGGCAGUCACCGGCGCAACCAUGUGGAUCAGCAGCCUUCAUCGUCGUCGUCGGAGGAGGAGGAGGAGGAGGAGGACGACGAUGACGAUGAUUACGAGGACGAUUUUCCGCUUCCGACGGCAAAACGUCUCCGGCUUAUUCUCGGCAAAGAUUCCAUAGACAUCGAUAUCUCCUCCAGGAGGAGAGAGGAUCAGUCGUUGAGGCUCAGUGCAUAAGCUCACCUUCAGACUCACAUGUACAUAAACUUCAGGUUAACUCUGAUUAUAUCACUGAAAAGAAAGACAUCAUUUAAGGAAUAACUUGAGCUUUUUUCCCCACCUCCAAUCUAAUCUCUCUCCAUUGUAUAUGUAGCAUAUGUGUGAUUACUGUGUAUAACAAUUUCAAUGUUGCCCUGAUUAGAAAAAUAGCGAACUUAUAAUGGAGGUCUAUGGGCAGAUGUCAAGUUUUUUAAUGAAUAUUUAAAUCAGCAGAAGUUUAGAAGGAAACACUAAAGGUGUGAGGAUGAGAUCGAUGCUAGACGUUUUUACGGUGUUGCUGUAGCAUUUUAUCAUUUUUAAUUAAACGUGAAUAAAAUUUGCCCGCCAGAAAAGCCAGUUCACCGAAGGGGAAAGGACGGACGCAGGAUGUGAAUGAGGGCCUUGGGUUAGAAUGUGUUUAUCGCCUUCCUUUUAACUGAAGGGACACGCUGUGAGGAUUUGUGGUUAAUGAAAUAAAUAUACAU